AAGUUAGAAGCAUGUGAUAGAUUUACACUUUGUUCUUGAAGGUCUUCGCCUUUGGGCAGAAUCCUUAGGUUUUUCUAUUACCACCAAACAAAUCAUGGUACAGAGUGUUGGCCUAAGUUGAUCAGCCAUAUAACUAACCACUUGUCCUCUUCUACCUAGUAAUUCCUAUAUAAAAUAUCAAAACGAAUAUCAACGUCUAUCUGUGAAAACCUGUUUUCUUUAAUGGUAGAUAAUACCAAAAUAUGUUCUUUGAGUACUCUUCGUGUCUUCCACCUCCUUUUUCCUAUAUAGACCAAGCGCACAGUUUUUCUCGAUCAAGAUUACGUGAUCAACUUUUCCUAGAUAGAAAACACUUUUCUCGUCAUUUCUCCGAGGUUUCCUGAGUAUCAAAGGAAUGGCAAGUCAAAGGAAUGAAAGGGGAGCAGUCUUGAUUGUGUUGGCGAUGAUCUGGGCAGGAGUAACUGCUCAAGAAAGCGAUGACUGCACGAACGUAUUGGUCAGCAUGGUACCUUGCAUGACCUACAUCACAUGGAACUCCUCGCCGCAAUUCUCAGGUUGCUGCACGCAGCUUAGCACUGUGGUUGAUAAGAAGCCAGAAUGCUUUUGUCAGGUCCUCAAUGGGGGUGACUCCAACAUGGGACUCAACAUUAACCAGACUCAGGCUUCGGCCCUCACUACUGCUUGCAAAGUUCAGACUCCACCUGCUAGCCGCUGCAAUGGACACGGUUCUAAUUCAGUACCGCCAUCACAAGGCGGUUCCAACGAUGCAACUUCAACCAAUAUGGCAGCGCCUCUUUCUUUAUGCUUUCUCUUUAUUGCCUCUUAUGCUUCAAUUAUCAACAUGGCCUGACUAUUGUUACCUGCCGUAGACUUCCAAUGUAUUUUAUCUAUUGUACUCUUGAUGGUUAGCUAACCUGUCUGUUACGGAAGAGUGCUUUUACUUUUUAAACAUUAGCUCAUAUCAGCAAUCAGCUUUCUACCAGGCUAAUUCGCCAUUGUAUUGCAUAUUCUUUCAUCCAGCAAUAUUGCUAAUAAUAUUCUAUAAUCUUUGGUGCGC